AUGGGAUUGAUUGAUAAAAUUAAAAACACUUAUGAUUAUCACAAAGUAGACAAAUACACAAAAAGACGUGUAUCGCAAUCUCAAUUCCAAUCACAAGACCGUCGUUAUUAUGAGACAGCUUAUAGGGAUGGUGACUAUUUAGACCCUCAAGACAUGAGAACUGGACGAUAUGACCCUAACGCACCUACUUCCACUCACUUAUCAUACAAACAAUCUCGUUGGUCUUUCACUGACUUACUCACUAAAAACAAUAGCAAAAAACCCAUGACAGUAGCCACUAGUCAAAUAAGAACGUCAGAAUCGUACACAUUAGGUGGUCGUGCUUAG